AUCAAGCGAUUUCAAGCGACUCUCAUGCGAUCAUGCAUGAUCAUCAUAGAUGGAGCAAUCAUUCUCGAACCCAGACAGCAUCCUUUGCCUCUUCGGCCUGCGAAUGACGUUAGCACUCCGCAUUAGUAAAGAUCACAUGACUCCCUCUUCGUUCCAUCCUAACAACCCCAGCCACCUAGACCAAGCCACCGGAAAACUCGGAUUCAGGACGGCACAGGAGACUUGCCAUCUCUCCGGAUAGCUGUUCGGCGAUCGGCAUGGUCUCCACUGCUGUGUCGAAUAGCGCUGGCAUCAUUCAACUACAAGAGACGCAAUGGACAUGGUUUAUGACACUCGACAAUGGCAACGACUAGACUGAUCUUCUAUCACAGCUACAAGCUACAGACACACAUCUUUAACACCACGGUCACGAUCUUCGUUCACCUAUCAAAGCCAUCGCGUCAUGCCUGCUCCCUGCGAGAUUACCUUUAGGCCCAUCAGCAAGCCUACGAUCGGCAACAACAACUAUCAGGGGUUCAAGCCUGGCGAGUCGACCGUCUACAAAGCAGGUCAUAUCGGCCGAGGAUGGGACGACCUUCCUGCCAGACCUCUUACCUCGGACAUCAGAGUCGAUCAUGACGUUGAGCUCGUCGUCAGAGACGGAGCAAAACUGUAUGCCGACAUCUAUCGUCCCGAAGGAUCCAACGAAAAGGUCCCAAUCAUCAUCUCUUGGAGUGCUUAUGGCAAAAAGUACAACGGGCUCUCCAUGUUGCCGGUUUGUACUUGGAAAUGCGGCGUCGUUCCCAGCGACAUCUCCGGGUUGGAAAAGUUUGAAGGUCUAGACCCUGCUUACUGGUGUCCUCAGGGAUACGCUAUCGCCAGCGUCGACUGCAGGGGAGCUGGUCACUCUGAUGGCAAUGUCGAACUGCUUGGCGCUCAGGAUGCCGAAGAUGGACAUGAUGUCGUCGAGCUGUUGGCCAAGCUGCCUUACUGCAAUGGGAAUAUCGGAAUGGCCGGUAACUCUGCCCUGGCGAUCAGUCAAUACUUUAUCGCGGCUACUCAACCCCCCUCGCUCAAGGCUAUCGCUCCGUGGGAAGGUCUUGGUGACAUGUACCGAGAGCAGUUCAACCGAGGCGGAGUGUACAAUAUUUCCAACUUCAAUUUGAUUGCCAAACUCAUCAUCCAAGGAAGUGGCGGGGUAGAAGACUUUGAGAUCAUGUCUAAGAAAUACCCUUUGAUGGGUCCGUACUGGGAACAGAAAAGGGUCGACAUGAAGAAGAUCAAUAUUCCCACGUAUCUCAGCGGCUCGGACGUGUCGUCCUUGCAUACCAUGGGUACACUUCGAGCUUGGUUAGAGAUCGACACCGCUCACAAAUGGCUUCGGUGGUCUGGUUACCAAGAGUGGUUCGACCUUUGGGCCAUGCCCGAGACCCAGCACGACCUGCAAGGGUUCUUCGACAGGUUUUUGAAAGAGAAGGACAACGACUGGGCCGAGACCACCCCACGAGUCCGCAUGACAGCUUUGCAAUUCGGCGACAAGGAUCCCAUUGAAGAUAUCGAGGUUGAGGACUGGCCUCUGCCUUCUACGAAAUACAUCGAGGCGCAUCUCGCCGAAGAUGGAAAGGUGCAACUCGACAGUCCCGUCAAACAGAGCGCUCAGGUCACGUACGAUACCCGCGAAUCCGACAGUGGCGUGACCUUCAAGCACACUUUCAAGGAGAGGUCGCGAAUCAUGGGGCUGCCCAAAGCCCACCUCUUCAUGUCGUGUCCGGAUUAUGACGACCUUAGCAUCUUCAUCAGCUUGCAGAAGCUUGAUGCAAACGGCGACUUCAUCAAGCACGUUCAGGUGCCCAUCGAACGACGAUGGAUCAAGAACUACAAGGACAUUCCGGCAAAGGAUCACGCUGCUACUCUUAUGCACCCCGGUUCGCUGGGCGUGUUGAAGGCGUCGCAUCGAGCGAUCGACCGUGAAAAGUCGAUUCACCCUCAGUUCCCCUUCCACCCCCAUACCAAGGAGGAAAAGAUCCCCAAGGGCGACAUCGUUGAGCUCGAAAUCGGAAUCUGGCACAUGGGCGUCGACUUUGAAGCCGGAGAGUCUCUUCAAAUCCACAUUAGCGGGAACAACCCCAACUACCCCGAACUUAAAAACUUUGAUGGCAAGGCUGUUGAGAACAUCAACAAUUACGGAACGCACAUCUUGCACUUUGGAGGCGAACACCCCUCACGAGUAAUCAUUCCCUUUGUACCUCUCUAAAUCGUAGUAAUAUCGUAAAAGUGUGGAUGACAUGUCAAAU